AAAUAGAAAGAAUGGAGGGCCAUGCUGUAUAAGUAGCCCACACUCAAGGACGAAGGACAUUCACUCUGCAAACCCUUGAAGACUCAGCUUCAGCACCUACUAGCAGAACAGGUAGCCCUGUGCCUGAUUUCAUCAUGACCUACCGGUGCCUCCUCCCGAUGGUUCUCCUGCUGUGUUUCUCCACCACAGCUCUUUCCAGGAGCUACAGCUUGCUUCGAUUCCAACAAAGUCAGAGCCUUGCAGAGUGUCAGAAACUCCUGGGGCAGUUACCUUCAACUCCUCAUCAUUGCCUCGAGUUCAGGAUGGACUUCCAGAUGCCUGAGGAGAUGAACCAAGCACAGCAGUUCCAGAAGGAAGAUGCCAUAUUGGUCAUGUAUGAGAUGCUCCAGAAGAUCUUCAAUAUUCUCACCAGAGACUUCUCCAGCACUGGCUGGUCUGAGACCAUCAUCGAGGACCUCCUUGCGGAACUCUAUGGGCAGAUGAAACGUCUGCAGCCAAUCCAGAAGGAAAUAAUGCAGAAGCAAAACUCCACUAUGGGAGACACGACCAUUCCCCACCUAGGGAAAUACUACUUCAACCUCGUGCAGUACCUGGAGUCCAAGGAGUACAACAGUUGUGCCUGGACAGUCGUGCGAGUGCAAAUACUCACGAACUUUUCUUUCCUGAUGGGACUAACAGGUUGCCUCCGUGACUGA